AUGAAGAUAUCAAUUUUAAUGCUUCUCUUUCUAAUUUUCCAAUACCGUUGUAGCAACUCACUAGACACCAUAACCUUCGACAAACCAUUACAGGACAACGGCAGCAGCUUGGUCGUCUCUAAAGGUGGGAUCUUUACUCUUGGAUUCUUCAGCCCCGGCAAGUCUACUAACCGAUACAUCGGAAUUUGGUACGCCUUUUCUAACCAAACCGUUGUCUGGGUUGCAAACAGAGACAACCCUGUUCCUGAUUCCUCCGGCGUCCUCUCCCUUGACGGAACAGGAAACCUUUUAAUCCUCUCCUCAUCCGGUUCAGACCCUGUUUGGUCCACCAAUGUAUCGACGACAACCUCAGUCUCCGGGAAUCGAUUCUCCUGUCAACUGUUGGAUACCGGGAACUUGAAAUUGUUUCAUGAAGACGCCGUCGUAUGGCAGAGCUUCGAUCAUCCCACCGACACUAUGCUUCCUUUCAUGAAACUGGGUCUUGACCGAAAGACAGGUCUAAACAGGUUCCUUACUUCAUGGAAGUCUGAAGAUGAUCCAGGAACAGGAGAUUUCUCAUUGCAAAUGGAUGUAACCGAGCUGCCUGAACUGAUCCAAAAAUAUGGUUCUAAACGGUUGUGGAGAUCCGGCCCGUGGAUAGGACAGGGUUGGAUUGGGUCAGCACAGAAUUUGUCGACGGAUUUUAUUAAAACAAAAUUCACAAACAAUAGUGAGGAGGCGUCAGUGAUGUUUAUAUUGUACGAAACUAUGUGGAGGUUGAGGAUCUCGUUGAAUUCUUCCGGUUUCGUUCAGAGAUUAUCGUGGAAUUACAGCAACAGUCAAUGGUUCAUGUUGUCAGGCCAAACGGAUCAAUGUGACUUUUACAACUACUGCGGAUCGUAUGGAAACUGCGACCUGCAAAUUACUUCGAGUUUUAAGUGCAAAUGUCUACCUGGGUUUGAACCCAAUUGGAAGAGUGACGGCUCUGGUGGGUGUUUGAGGAAGAAAGGUCGGCCGAUUUGUGGGAAAGGAGAUGGGUUUGUUAAGGUUGAGCAAGCUAAGUCACCUGAUACAAGAUUGGCUCGCCUGAACAGGACUAAUGGAUUACAAGAAUGCAGAGAACAAUGCCUGAAUAAUUGCACCUGCACAGCUUAUGCAACCACCGAAGAUCAAGAUCAGUGUGUAACAUGGCACGGAGAAUUGCUCGAUAACAGAGUGGUUCCUGGCGGAGGCCAGGACUUGUACAUUCGCGUUUCCGCCGCAGAAUUAGAAACGCCGGAAGUUGAAUACAAGAAGCCACAGCUUAAAGGAGACGGCAGAGGGGUGGUAUACAUAAUUGUGGCCUCAAUUUCAGUAGCAUUAGCCCUUGGUGCAGUUAUAAUUUGGCUUAUAACUAUUCAAAAGAAAAAGGAUCGAAUAAGGAAGGAACGUCGACAAAUGUUGCUUUCUACCGUUAAUGGUUCAUUGCUUGAAGGUUCCACAACAGAAAAGGGCGCCUUUGAUGAUGAUUUUCCGUUUUUUGACCUCAAUAGCAUUGUUGCAGCAACUGAUAAUUUUUCCAUUUCCAACAAAUUGGGAGAAGGCGGGUUUGGCACUGUUUAUAAGGGGCGUUUGAGGAAUGGAUUAGAAAUUGCGGUUAAGAGACUAGCAAAGUGUUCGAAUCAAGGAAUGGAAGAAUUCAAGAAUGAAGUUUCGUUAAUUGUUAAACUCCAACAUAGAAAUUUGGUUAGACUGUUAGGAUGUUGUGUUGAACAUCAUGAGAAGAUGCUCGUAUAUGAAUAUUUACCAAAUAAGGGUUUGGACUCUUUCAUCUUUGAUAAAGAGAAAUGCUCUAUGCUCAAUUGGGAGAAGCGGUUUAACAUUAUAUUAGGGAUUACAAGGGGAAUGAUAUACCUUCAUCAAGACUCUCGAUUGAGAAUAAUUCAUAGAGAUUUGAAAGCUAGCAAUAUUUUAUUAGACGAUGAGCUGAACCCUAAAAUUUCGGAUUUUGGAAUGGCUAGAAUUUUUAAAGGUGAUGAAAUAGAAGUCAAUACAAAGAGGGUAGUUGGAACAUAUGGUUAUAUGUCUCCGGAAUAUGCAAUGGGAGGAUUAUUCUCUACAAGAUCUGAUGUCUUCAGCUUCGGUGUCUUAUUGCUUGAGAUUAUAAGUGGAAAAAGAAAUAACACUUAUUAUCGGGAUAACACAAUUAAUUUGAUAGGACAUGUUUGGGACUUGUGGAAAGAAGGCAAGGCCUUUGAGAUGAUUGAUUCGUUAAUGGGUGAUUCAUAUCCACAAAAGAAAGCUUUGAGAUGCUUUCACAUAGGACUUCUAUGCGUUCAAGAACUUGUGACGGAUAGGCCAACCAUGUCAAAUAUUGCUCUCAUGCUUUGCAACGAUAUAGACUUGCCUCCUCCAAAACAACCCGCGUUCAUCUUCAAAGGACAAGAGAUCGAUGCCUCAGAUUCAUCAGCAAGCGCUAAAGCCCAAUCCAACAAUGACCUGACCAUCAGUCAGAUUGUUGGUCGAUGAAAUGAAUAUGAUAUUUAAGUUUUGACAAUAGUUAAAGGUGGAGAAACCAGCCAAAUUUAGAUCUUUUCUUAUUCCUAGCUACUAAGUGGGUUACAUUGAAAUUGUGAUAAUAAAAUUUUAUUUCAU